GAGAUACAGCUAAAAACUCUGUCUCCUAGAAGAAAAUCCUUGAAAUAUCCUCAUGUAUCGCCUCACAGUAUUUCAGUCAUGGCUCUGAAUCCUGGUCCCGGACGUUGUGGCAGCCUGAGUCCUGAGGGCAUACUGAGAGAGGUUCAGAUCAAUUUGCUGGAGUGUAAAGUCUGCUUCGAGAAGUUCUGCACUCAGCAGAGAGAACGCAGACCACAGAACCUUUCCUGUGGCCAUGUACUGUGUCUGGAAUGCAUCAGAGCUCUGUCCCACCCUCUCCUGAGGAAGCUGGAGUGCCCGUUCUGUCGACAGCUGUGCAGUGUUGACAGCACGUCCCACUGCCAGGUUCUUUGUGACCUCCAGGAGCUGCUGUUGUCCUGGAGUACCACAUCCUCUGGUCCUCCUCACAGAGCGAUAGGGGGAUUUAGGCCGGCUGCAGGACUGACAUCCUCAGCCCUGUACCUCUACGCAGCUUUUGGCGGCUGGGGGACUCUCAUCAACCCCACUGGGAUAGCUGUUUUAGGGUCGUCAGGGACAAUAGUGGUGGUCCACGAUGGAGAGAAGAGGGUGGUGGUGUUUAGUCGACAGGGCACACGGCUGAAUAGUUUUGGGCGAAGAGGACAAGCCAGUGGAGAGCUCUGUCACCCAGUGGAUGUGGCCGUGACUCCCUGUGGUUACGUGGUGGUGACUGACGCAGGAGAUAAAGCUGUGAAGAUUUUCACCUCCAGAGGGAACCACGUGUUGACGGUCAGGGAUUCCUUCCAGGUGCCCUGGGGUGUGGCCACAGGCGGUGGUGGACACCUCCUGGUCACAGACAUCCAGGUGGGCGCACUGUUCCAUUUCAAAAUGGACUACACUCGUGGUGUUAUUCUGGAGCAUCGUACGGCCAUUUCUGACCUCCAGCAGCCAAAAGCAGUGGCCUGCUGUCCAGUGACAGGGAACACUGCGGUGAUGGAGCAUGUAACCGACAACACACGUCCACCAGAGCGGCAUCAACACACGAGGCUGAAAGUGUUUAGCAAAGACUUCCACCUGCUUCAUCAGACAGACAGUUUCAGCCUGACUCUGCAGUCCGCAGUCAGGCUGAACAUGUCCGGUGUGGUGUUUGAUGCAGAUGGAAAUGUGCUUAUAACUGACUGUAAACAGGGGAUGGUUUGGAGUUUGGGGAAGCUGCAGAAUGGCCUGGUCCUCACUCCUCUCGUGGGGAACCACCUGAUCCGCCCAGUCAGCCUGGUUGCACUGGACAACAUGCUCAUCGUUCUGGACAGUGGAGACCAUGCAGUCAAGAUUUAUUCUGCCAAAUCUGACACUGGAUCCACCACAAUGUGUAAACAGGCCAAGAGUAUGUGAAAUGUAGCGUAACAUAUUAUUAUAUUAUUAAGUGAUGAGGUUGACCUGGCAAUAGCAUUGCUAAAUAAAGGCAAAGUUUUACAUUAAAAUAGACCUUUGUGUUGAAAAUGAAAAAUGUGAAUAUACUGGGUACUAUAGCCUGUGUUGAAGUAAUGUUUGUGUCAUGUUGUUAUUGCUCCAGCCUUCGAAACUGCACAAUGUAUCCCCACAUUAUUAUAUUUCUAUAGAAUCCUGUGGUUUUCUUGUCAGACACAUACUUUCACCUUUCUUCCAGUCAAACAAUCUAAAGAAAACAGACAUGUAUGUCCUCAAGGCCACAAAGCUGUGAUGAAGGGUAGAAAAAUAUCAUGCAAUCUCAUAUAAAGAAUAUAGAGAAUAAAGGGAAACAAAAUAAAGAAAUAAAGGGAACUGCUACUAUAGGUGCUGCAGAGAGAGAAAUGAUAUCAUCUUUACAGAUUCUUUUAACUUGAGUUUGUCCAUAAACCUCUCUCUCGCUCUCUCUCUCUAUUAAUGCACCAUGAACCAUGUGGAGAGGUUUGAGAGCGUGAACUGGAGAGUGUUGUGCUCUGUGAAAGAUGGAGAACUGGUUUAUGGAAGAGAAAUCAUGUGAAUGUGUUUUGGUGUUUGUGUGUUAAUGAGAAACAAAAAGGAUCAAAU